CUGACAUCCGCUUCCUUGACCUACAACUACAUCAUGGCCGUCAAGCUUACCGGAAGCUGCUACUGCAGAAAUCUCGAGUACGAGGUUAACCUCGACUCGACAGAGGAUGCACGCACAUCGUUAUGUCACUGCAAGAACUGCAAAAAAGCCUUCGGCACGAACUACGGCCUCACGGCCAAGCUGCCCAAAGACGCGUUCAAGUACACCAAAGGCACGCCCAAGGAGCACGCAGCCGACAACGGCUCGGGCACAGUGCUGUACCGCGAGUUCUGCGAUACCUGCGGAAGCUUCAUCCUAGAAUACGGAGAACCUGCAAAACCCCACUUCCGCUAUAUCUGCGUUGGCAGCCUUGAUGAUCCUGAGGCUCUGCCUCCAAAGGGCGAGUUCUUCUGCCGUAGUCGCCAGAGCUGGAUGCCUGAGGUGCCGAACACGUUCCAGAAGAAAGAGAUCAAGGAGUAG